UUCAUUCCUUUGUUACCUGAAAAAUUGUUGUAAAUUCCUUUGAAUGUACUAUUUUCUCUUAUUGAACUUGCAGAUAGUGAUAUGACAAGAUUUAGUAGUUGUAGUGCAUUAUUUUAUUCUGAUUUUGCCAAAUUUUUGCGUAAAUUGCUGAACUAUCUGGGGCCAGUUAAACUCUACAUUUUGAUGACAUCUUGGGCCUGCCGUGCCAUUAGAGUGACAUUACUAACAUAAUGACUUGUUUGGUUAGUUUGUCUUGCUUUGUGUGUUGUCAUAACAAGUACACAAUUCUCUGAAGAGAAAAUUUGAUUUUUUCCCUGUAUCUUUUCCAUAUUGUGUUGUGUAGUAUUGACUAUCAAAGAGUUAGUUUUUUGCCGUUUACAAUGGCUGAGACAGAGCAAGUUGUUACUGGUUCAUCCUCUCUGUUAGAACAGCUAAGUAAGGUAGUGCAUGAGCUGGAAGAUCACAAGAAUGCCUCUGAGGACAGAGUUCAGUGGAUGGAAAUUGAGGAGCACUUUCGCAACCUUGAGACAACGUUAAGGAUGAAACUUGAAGAAUUUGAAUGCAAAGAGAAGGAAUUUAUAGAGAAAGAAGCUGAAAUCCAUAAAAGUCUUGCAGAUAGAGAGUCAGCUGUCACUGCCAAAGAGCAAGAUCUGUUGGAUCGAGUGCAGGAACUAAAAGAUGCUGCUGUUGCUGUCAUUGGAGAAGCACAAUUAAAUCACCAACGUACAGUUUCAGAGUCAGUUGACAAUGGAGAUAGCAUAAUUACCAAGGUAAGCAGCUCUCUUGGUGUCACAAAUUGUCCUGAGGAUUUGCCUCAUAAAAUGGGUAAAAACUCUGAAGCGUCGGCUUUAGAUUUUAAGCCACAUCCAGAACUUGUACAAUUUUGCAAGCAGAUGGAUGCAAAAGGACUAUUGAAAUAUACCAUGGAGAAUCUUAAUAAACUUCAUGUUGUUCGUGAGGAACUUUCUUUUGCACUAGAAACUGCAAGUGAACCAACCCGUUUGGUGCUGGAUUCACUGGAGGGGUUUUACCCUCCUGAUGAAACUAACAAACUGGGGGAUGAGAGUCUUGCUGCCCUUCAGGGCAUGCACAAAUCUUGUUGUAUGUUUAUGGAAGCCAUGGCUGCCUUAUUGGCAAGGGCUGACCCAGGUGCUGAUCACCUUUUGAACCCUGAGACCAAGCAGCAUGCCAAGGCAAUUGCUGAUGAGUGGAAACCUAAGUUGACUAGUGCUAGCACUGAUGCUGCCAAUGGGAUAUCAUUGGAAGCAGAGGCGUUUUUGCAGCUCCUCGCUACUUUUAGGAUUGCUUCUGAUUUUGAUGAAGAAGAACUCUGCAAGCUUGUUCUUGCAGUUGCUCAACACAGGCAGGCACCUGAGCUCUGCCGCUCUCUUGGGUUAACACACAAAGUGCCAGGCCUUAUUGAAUUGUUGGUCAACAGCGGGAAACAAAUUAAUGCUGUACAUUUUAUUCAUGCCUUCCAACUUACUGAAAGCUUCCCUCCUGUGCCUCUCCUGAAGACAUACUUGAAAGACUUGAGGAGAAAUUCACAAGGGAAGGGUGAGAACACAGGCGUUUCCAGUGGUGGUCAGGAGGAUGUUAAUGCACAAGAACUUGCUGCUUUAAAGGCUGUAAUCAGGUGCGUUGAAGAGUAUAAGCUUGAAGCUGACUACCCACUUGAACCACUUCAGAAAAGGGUUGCCCAAUUGGAGAGAUCCCAAACUGAUAAGAAAAAGAGGGGUGGUGAGCAUGGUAAACGGCAACAGACAAAAAAACAAAAGUCCAGUGGAAGAUUUCGAGGAUAUAAUCGGCCUGGUUUUGCUCCUGCUACUGGUAGACAGGGUCCUCUUUACAACGACAGGGCACUGCGCGCAGGAAUUCCAGAAAGAUAUCCUCGUACUGAUCCGGAUGCCUAUGGUUACCAAGUUCCUAGCCAGGCUGCUUGUGCUCAGCAAGCUACUGAUCAUAGAUUAUACUAUUAUCCCCAGGAUGGAAGGGUUACACCAAGCUCAUAUAAUGCUGCUCCACCAAAUUAUGGUGGAUACGCAGGCAGUGGAUUGCUGCCUUCAAACCAGCCGUAUCUGUAGUCUAAGCCGGUAUUUUGAAAAAUCAAUCCGCAGCUGCGAUGUGAGGCAAAGUUGGUGAAUAUUCUUUUAUGGUGCUAACAUGUAUCGUUUUUCUAGUAUUGGAUUUUCUUCUAUAAUGAAAUGAUGCCAGUAGGAUUCUGUUAUUUUGCAUUUAUAUUAGGUAAGAGGGAAUUUUUUGUUAUUUUUUCUUUUAAAUUGAGACUGCAAAAUGUACGGACAAAUCAUAUGGAAGAAAACAAUCAUUUUUUAUUCUAUUAGGAAAACUUGAUGCUUUAUGAAUCAUAGGAUACUUAUCACAAAAUUAUGUCAUUUUUGAAAAAUUAGACAAAUUUGUCCCUGCCAUUUGAAAGUCA